AUGGACUUCCAUGUUGACAGGGAGUCGUCGGUGGUUCCGCUGUGGCUCCAAUUACCAAAACUCCCGCUGCAUUUUUUCAAUAAAGAGGUGAUUUUUCAGAUUACUUCUAUGGUGGGUAAUCAUUUGUUGGUUGAUGCGGCUACCCUUGUUGUUUCACGGCCAACCGUGGCACGGGUGUGUAUUGAGAUGGAUUUGUUGUGGUCGACGCCGUCACGGGUUUGGAUUGGCAAUGGAAACCACGCUGGUUUCUGGCAAGAGUUGGUGGUAGAGAAUCCUACUAGGUACUGCUCACAUUGCUUCCGCCAAGGUCACGAUGUGGAGACCUGCCAUGUGUUGAAACCCGAGUUACGUGGUGCCACUGGUCACCAUGCCAAGACUACUGGAACAAGAGAACUUCGGUUGACAGAGACGGUGGAUAUGGACGUUCAUGAUGGGCAUGCAGAGGGCAAUGAGGAAAGGCAGUCCGUGUUGGUGCAAGAGGUUGCGGCGGCUGCUGGGGCAAAAGAGGAAGUUACGGGGGCUGUGGCUACCAAUGUGCUAGUUGUUGGGGAGCGCAUGCUCACAGUCAGCCACCAGUUGUUAUGA